AUAUAUAUAUCACUGAUUCUUUUCUCAGUACUUUGAAGAAGAUGGAGUUUGGUAAUGAUGAGUUGAUGAAGAAAAUAAGAGAACUAGAGGCAGAACAUGCACUGUUGAAGCAGGAGAUGUCGAGGUUGAUGCUCGGAGAUAAUCGUCGGUCCGAUAAUCAAUAUCUCAAUAUACUUCAAUCCAUGGGACAAUCUGUUCACAUAUUUGAUCUCUCUGGAAAAAUUAUUUACUGGAAUACUGCAGCUGAGAAGCUUUAUGGAUAUUCAGAAUUAGAAGCAAUUGGAAAGGAUGCAAUAGAGUUAUUAGUCGAUGCCCGAGAUUUCGGUAUUGGGAGUAAUAUAGUAUAUAGAAGCAUAAAAGGGGAGAGUUGGAUGGGGAAAUUUCCUUUGAAAAAUAAGAGUGGGGAGAGAUUUUUAGCUGUUGCUGCAAACUCUCCUUUUUAUGAUGAUCAUGGGAUUUUCAUUGGUAUAAUUUGUGUUUCGAGUGAUUUACGAUGUUUUCGGGAAGUUCAUUUACCAGAGAAGAUCAGUUGUCAACAGCCUCUUUCAGCUUCAAUUGCUGAAAAAUUUUCUAAUCUUGCUGCUAAGAUGACCGAAAGAGUUCUUUCGAGGAUUAAGACGGCGACGAUGGAGAAUAGCCUUGCAAGACGGCAAAGUGAUUCGAUGACAAGUGAGCCGAUAAUUCCUGAAAGAAAUGAGGAAGUAGAGAAGAAGACAUUAUCUCUGAACUUAAUAAGUUUAAAAGCAGAGACUUGGAUUACUAAGAAAGGCAUGUCAUGGCCUGGAAGAGCGACAGAAAAAGACGGUGGUAAUGCAAUAAACCGAUCCGUUUGGCCAUCGAUAGAAGACAAUGAUUCUUAUAAUUUAAGGAAUUCAUCAGAAUCUAAUAUGAAACAAAGUAAUUCAGUGAAUGAGAGAAGUAGGAAUGAAAUUACUCUUGAUGCUCAAGAAUCAUCGUCAUCUUUCAAUGCAGAUAGUUCAAAUAGUAUUAACAGCAGUGGAAGCACAAGUAGUAACACAAUGCAGAAAGUUGAAAUGGAGAUUGACUGUUUAGAUUAUGAAAUUGUAUGGGAAGAUCUCUCAAUUGGAGUACAAAUUGGUCAAGGUUCUUACGGAACGGUUUAUCAUGCUCUUUGGUAUGGUUCGGAUGUUGCAGUCAAAGUAUUCCCAAAAUGUGAAUACUCAGAUGAAACUAUACUUUCUUUCAAAAAAGAGAUAUCAGUAAUGAAGAGGCUAAGGCAUCCGAAUAUACUUCUUUUCAUGGGAGGUUCUCCGCAACACCUUUCAAUCAUCACUGAAUUCCUUCCCCGAGGGAGCCUAUUUCGGGUACUUCGAAGGAAUGUAAACCGAUUAGAUUGGAAACGCAGAAUUCACGUCGCAUUAGAUGUUGCAAGAGGCAUGAAUUAUCUGCAUAAAUGCAAUCCUCCUGUCAUUCAUCGAGAUUUGAAAUCGUCGAACUUGUUAGUAGAUAAAAAUUGGACAGUGAAGGUUGGAGACUUUGGUCUGUCAAGACUGAAACAUGAGACUUAUUUGAUGACAAAGAGUGGGAAAGGAACACCACAAUGGAUGGCUCCUGAAGUUCUUCGUGAUGAGCCAUCAGAUGAGAAGUCUGAUGUUUAUAGUUAUGGAGUGAUACUGUGGGAGCUUGUUACUGAGAAGAUCCCAUGGGAUAAUUUGAAUUCCAUGCAGGUGAUUGGUGCAGUUGGUUUCAUGAACCAAAGAUUGGAGAUACCAAAAGACUUGGACCCAAAAUGGGAGUCAAUUAUAAAAAGUUGUUGGCAUAGUGACCCUUAUUGUCGGCCAUCUUUUGAAGAAUUGCUUGAAAAAAUUAAAGAGUAACAGAAACAAUACAGUACACAAAGUCAAAUAUCUUGUCUUGAGUAAUGCAUCUAUUUUAUUAAUGUAAUAGUUAUGCAUUUCUUCAGUUAUUUCA